GCUUCCCGCGGCAACAAUUAAAAUCACUGCUGGAGAAAAGUACAAACGUUAUCAGUUGUGAGUCGUAUGCGAAUUAAUAUAUUUAUGUUAGAGGUUAAUAUUGCGUGUCGCGUGUUUUCUCUCGUUGCUUCACCGCACGUUGCCUGAGGAGUAUAAUCUACGUUAUCAACAGGCGGAGGGCGUCGCAGGAGAGGCAGUCUGUGUGUUGUGGAGCCCCUGACAACACUACCACCAUGGCUGCCUUCUAUACCCUUACUGGGAGAGUGUGGUGGGCCCUGGCGGCGGUGACGCUGGUGGCGGUGACGGAGGUCGUGACGGGGGCGGUGACGGAGGCGGUUACGGAGGCCUCCAGGGGCCGAGGGAGUGUUAUUGUGGCGUUUGAGACCCCAGACCAAGAGCAGUUCCAGUACGGACGUCCAGGAGAAGCGGUGUUCGGAGCAUUCAGCUGGAGGAGUCCUGAAGGUCACCUGUUCAUCUACCGGUAUGUGGCUGACGCGGCCGGGUACCGGGUGAGGAGUGAAACCAUCCCGGUGGAUUCACAGGGCGUGGCGGCCAAUGGGGAGCAGGUGUUCCCGCGGACGCCCGAUGGAGAGUUUAUAUUCACCUGAGGGAGCUGUGCGAGCCUUCCUCCGUCGUCCUGCGCGUCCCAGCGUCACGCAGGGGUGUCCUAGCGUCACGUAGGGUGUUCCUGUGUCACGUAGGGUGUCCCAGCGUCACACAGGGUGUUCCUGUGUCACGUAGGAUGUCCCAGCGUCACACAGGGUGUUCCUGUGUCACGUAGGAUGCCCCAGCGUCACACAGGGUGUUCCUGUGUCACGUAAGAUGUCCCAGCGUCACACAGGGUGUUCCUGUGUCACGUAGGAUGUCCCAGCGUCACACAGGGUGUUCCUGUGUCACGUAGGAUGUCCCAGCGUCACACAGGGUGUUCCUGUGUCACGUAGGAUGUCCCAGCGUCACGCAGGGUGUUCCUGUGUCACGUAGGAUGUCCCAGCGUCACACAGGGUGUUCCUGUGUCACGUAGGAUGUCCCAGCGUCACGUAGGGUGUUCCUGUGUCACGUAGGAUGUCCCAGCGUCACGCAGGGGUGUCCCAGCGUCACGCAGGGGUGUCCCAGCGUCACGCAGGGGUGUCCUAGCGUCACGCAGGAUGUCCCAGCGUCACGCAGGGGUGUCCCAGCGUCACAUAGGAUAUCCCAGCGUCACACUGGACGAAGAUGGACGUAGGUAGCCCACUCAUACGAACACUUGGGAGCAGAGGUGCGGAGAUCUCAGCUAUGACCCUAGAGUUUCGACCAUCUUGUGCUCCUCCUUCGUCCGGAUCCUCCGCUGGUGGCCUCGUCCACACCCCACCAUUACUGGGCAUCACACGCCCACAUAUACAGUAAAACAGGACAAAUCACGACGUUUCGAUUUAACACUGGGGCCAGGACGGAGCGAAACGUCGUCAUUUUCCUCUUCCCUUCCUAUAUAUAGAUAAGUGAGUUAGUGACGAAAGUAUAUCUUAUUAUCUGCAUUAUAUUUUUCUUUUUUAAGCUGCUAAAGUGUGAAUGUCGUCUGUAAUUAGGUUGCUUCACGACCGUGUCUCUCUGGUACAGACAAUGCCUCACUGUUAGCCAGGUUGGUAAUGUUCCCUUUCACACAACUACGGUUCAUACAUUCUCACAUGUGUUGUGAUAUCCAGUUGUAGAUGUUUUGUGUUCUACAAGAUGUUGUGAGUGUGUCUGUAGAUGCUUAAGUGACAUAUUUUUACACAAUGCAUUCACAAAAAAACAUUCACAAAAAAUUUGUGACGAAAUGUUUGGAGCAGGAUUGCGGGAGGGAACCGGCGUGUGCUUGUCCUCCUCAACACCCGUCUUAACCCACGAGCCACGAUGUGCUAAUCGUUACACAACUCGGAGUCUAACCGAUUCCACUAGGUGUCUGAAACACCGAACUCGUACCCAAUCCAAGUUUUACAUAUAAGCCACAUACACUGUGGUGUCGGCAGCCCCCCCCCCCCCCCACACACACACACACACACACACACACACACACACACACACACACACACACACUCUGGGGUAGAUACAGGAGUGCGCAGCCAAGCGCUCUCGCUAGAUAAGUACACUGAGAUCACUAUAUGGAGGGAUAUAGGUGAAGGGCGUGUCUGGGGGUGACCAGAACGCUGGUUCGACCCCCCUCACCUUCCUCCUGAGACCCCCCCCCCCUCAUUAUUUGUUGCUUUUUCUCGUGUGAAGUGUAUUGUCUGCUCUGUAGUUGUUUAUUGAUAAUUAUAAUAAAUAUGGUCAGUA